GAUAUGUUGAGGGCAGGGUCGACAUGGAAGAAACCUAACCUGACAAUGAAGAUUGUGCUUGUCGUAGUCGCAUGCUUUGCAGCAGUUAAUUGUCAAGAUGCUGCUUGCUUGGCUAAUAGAGUGCUAAACAAUCCAAGCCUUGCAACAUGCAUCAGUGCCAAUAAUCGUAAUGGUGACUUUUGUCAACUGUCCUGCAUCAACGAUAUUGCAGCACUUUAUAACACUUGUGGAGUUUCACCAAACCCCAUAACAGCUGUUUGCCCCAAUGCUGGUAAUGGUGCUGCAUUUACUGUUGCCAUGCCAAUGAUGGUGCUCACUGGACUAAUUGCCACUUCGGCCUCACUGUUUUAAGCAGUCGCAACGUCAAGGAUGCUAAACUCUUCGAUUGAUCUUGAGAUGUAGCUCAGUAUAAUAUAUAUAUAAUUAUGUACAUUCACAUAAUUAUACAGUUUUAGUUUAUAGAUGCUGUCAGACCAAUAUAUUGAAAAAUGGAUAUUAAUUUUUCUGAAACAAAGUAAUAGGUCAUAAUUA